CCCACGUGUGAGAGCCAGCAAACAGAAAGAGAAAGAGUGGGUGAGAGAAAACAACUGCAGUGAGCAAGGGAUGGAAGGAGGAAGUAAUGAGCAGAAGGGUGUGGUCGAUUAACGGUUCCUCACUGAUUCCUGACUGACACACAGAGGAAAGAGGCCGUGGAUACUGCUCUGGAACGAGCUCCGGAACUACGUGACAACUCAGUAUGGACACCAAGAUUCAGCUGAGCUGGAUGGCUGUAUGUCUGUUUCUCACACUACCAGGGUCCCUUGCUCAGAGCCCUACCACCACACACCCGAAUCGACCGGUGAAAGUGACUCUGGUGGCGAACAUUACUGCCGCCCCCUCUCCAGCCAGAACUGGUGGGCCUACACAUGUCUCCUGUCCUGUUGAGCUCAACCCUCCCAGAGUAGUGGUGAGAUAUGGAGACUCAGUCUCAGUCAACUGCACAUCGUCCAUAGACUCUGAGGGGAUGGGCUGGGAGGCCACAUACGGAGGUACAGGUGUGCAGGAAGAGGUCAACUUUGUCACCUGGACUGUGAGAAGCCUCAUAGACUGGACAAUACAACCCGAAUGCUACAUUAAUCCACACAAUGAAUCGCAGUGUACUGAGAUUCUCCCUGUCAUUCUCUACAAGACUCCAGACAGCGUGUCUAUUCCUCCUCUGAACCACUCUGGUCCAAUGGUGGAGGGGAAGGAGUACCAGCUGCAGUGUGACAUCCACAACAUCGCUCCUCUACAGAACCUGGUUGUGAGGUGGUACAAAGGGAAUGAAACUAUAGAGAUUCAAAGGUUUAAUGACUCCACAAAGAAACCAGUGAAUAUCUCUACCCACCUUACCAUCACCGACAGAAGAUAUGGGGGUGAAGCAGAGUACAGAUGUGAGGCAGAGCUGGACCUGGGACCAGAGGGACCAAAACCUUCUGCCUUGUCAUCAAAGCCUCUUAAUUUUACUGUUUACUCUCCCACAAACAAGUCAACAACACCCACAGCUAAGUCCUUAACCACCACAGUGACACCAUCUCCAACCACCUCUGGAAAUACCAAGAGAACCUUCGCUCCUCCUGCUGCCUGGGACGCAAAGUGGGAUGAACCAUUCAAUUAUGACUACUGCUUCCUCCGUGUUGUUGGUCUGUCUAUCGCUGCAGUGCUCUUCAUCCUGGGUAUUAUGGUCAUUAGCUGUGGUAAAGUAUGCCGGAUGCCUAGGUGUCAUGUGGGCACAGGGAAGUCGUACCAAGUGGCCAGAGAGUAGUGAGGGGACAGACGUGUUACUGAGUGGCCUCAAGACACCAGGCACUCAUGUUUCUAUGUAUAUUUUCAAAUGCUUACAAAAUGUUACAGAAUACAUACCGUAGAUGUUACAUGGCUCAGAGGCGCCCCCAAGAGCACUGGAAGCGGUACUGAUCCUUUUAUGUCUCAGAUAUUCCAGAGAUGGCAAUUUCAUGCCCAGCUUUUCACAUAUCAUCGUGUAGAUUUUAUCUGUAGAUUUGUCACCAACGUGGAUGACAUUUUCUCUAAUAAAUCACAUACAUGUCC